UGGCGUGGAUUUCUCAAAAGUGCAUGGCAACCACAGAGCUGCUUCACUUCAGAAAUCAAACCGUGAGCUGUUCGCGUCGGAGAAAAACCCUGCGAGAGAAAAUGCCUCUGGCCAAAGACUUAUUAAACCCGCCUCUCGACUUUGAGAGGAGACAACAUAAGAAGAAAAGACUGGUACAGAGUCCAAACUCCUACUUUAUGGAUGUGAAAUGCCCAGGUUGCUAUAAAAUCACAACAGUGUUCAGCCAUGCCCAGACUGUGGUGUUGUGUGUUGGGUGUUCCACAGUCCUCUGCCAGCCCACAGGAGGAAAGGCCAGGUUAACUGAGGGUUGUUCUUUUCGAAGGAAGCACUGAUGAAAAUAAUUAAAUUGGAUCCUUUGGAUACAAAGAAAUUGUUCCAGUUUCUUUAUCUUUUCAUUGAUUGCAAUGAGUGAAAUGCCACUACAGUGAUUUAUGUGGGAGUUUAUUUCUACUGCAUCACUUUUCUGAAUAAAGUCUGAGCAGUGCAUCCUUC